AUGGUUUCUUUUGCCUGGAAAGAUGCCACUCAUGCUGCCUUUGACUCUCUCAAGAAUAAGUUAAGUGCAGCGCCAUUCCUAGCUUUGCCUGAUUUCAGCCAAGAGUUCCAGCUAGAGACAAAUGCUUCAGGUCUGCUACGACUUAUACCCAAUCCUUCAAUAGUGUUUGAGGAUAUCGCAAUGGAUUUCAUUACUUGCUUUCCUAGUUGUAAAGAUAAGUCCACUAUAAUGACGGUCGUAGAUCGAUUGUCAAAAUAUGGACACUUUAUUGCAUUGUCGUCUUCAUUCACUACUCAGUCAGUUGCUGAAACUUUUGUGAUUGGAAUUGUUCGAUUUCAUGGCCCUCCAAGCCCUGUUCAACAAAUUAUUCCUUUGAACCUGGACGAUACAGCCUACAUUAUUCCUGAGACUUCUAUGAGCCUCGAGGACAAGGUUUCUGUCUGGGACCGGAGUAUUGUGGUGAGCCCACAAGAUGACUUGGAGGACACAUCAGUAGCCACCGUGGAGAAACACAUUCAAAUGACUCCAUUUCGAGUUUUACAUGGUAGAGACACACCUAGCGUAGCUCGCUACAUUUUGGGUAGUAGCGAAAUGAUUGAAGCUUAUCUGGUGGACAAAGAUGAGUCUUUAUCUCUCCUUAAAGCUGAAUUUGCUCGUGCGCAGAAUUGGAUGAAGGUAUUCGCUGACAAGAGUCGAAGGGAACUAACUUAG